AUGUCGAUUUCCGUGUUCACCCUAACCGCUCUGUGUGCAGCGCUCUACUACACCAUAGCAAUCGCAUACAAUCUCCUCAUUAACCCACUUCGCCACAUCCCUGGACCAAAACUCUACGCAAUCUCCCAUCUCCCGAUCCUACGCCGCAACAUCAAUGGCACAUGGUGCCUCUACGUCAGCAAACUACAUGAAAAAUAUGGUCCAGUCAUCCGUGUCAGUCCAAACGAAGUAUUAUUCAUAUCCCCCUCUGCAUGGAAUACCAUUUGGCGGAGCAAAGGAACCCGCUCGUUCGAGAAAGAUCCGCUCAAUUACCCCCCUACCCUGACAGGAGUCGACAACAUGCUCAUCGCCAACUCAAAAGCCCAUCUUCGCAUGCGCCGCGCACUGAAUCCUGCGUUCACUGAUGGAGCAAUCCUAGAGCAGGAACGAGACAUUCAGAAAUUCACAAACUCGCUCGUCUCGAAAUUAAAACAAAAAGCGGCCUCAGGUACCCCUAUUGAUAUGCAGCAAUGGUUUAGCCUUUACACCUUUGAUUUGGUCGGGAAAUUGUUGUAUUCUCGGCCCUUUGGAUGCUUGCAAAGUGAAGAGCAUCAUCCAUACGUUGCCAUGAUCUAUGAUUUGAUAACGAUGGUUCCGUAUCUCAGUAUCUUCUCACGUUUAACUGUUUUCCAGCUCCUGAUCAAAGGAUGGAAUAUGGAUGGACUGACUUGGCUGGCGAGAUAUUUUAUUCCCAAGAAGACAUACAAUGCGUUUAAAGAAUUACUUAUGUUUACAUUCUAUGCAACUAAGGAAAGUGUUCACAGAAGAGACACCCGCAGACGUGACUGGAUCUCCUACUUCCUUCGAAAUAACGGAGAGUCCACCAUGAGCGUUGACGAACUUGGCGAAACUUCGGCUAUCUUGUUCAUUGCGGGAAGCGAAUCUGUUGCUUCGACUGUUACCUCCACGCUAUGGUUUCUUAUGCAAAAUCCCAUCUCGUAUCAGACACUAGUUGAAGAGAUUCGCACAUCUUUUCGUGAUGAAUCUGAAAUCACCAUAACAGCAUUAAAGAAACUGCCAUAUCUCACUGCAGUGCUCGAGGAAACUAUGCGCCUUCGACACCCGACUCCGCCUGGAUUUGCCAGGACCGUUCCCAAAGAUGGUGCAUAUAUCGAUGGCUAUUUCAUCCCAGAAAACACAAAAGUAUCAAUAAAUAGCAUGGCAGCUAACACAUCACCACUCCAUUUCAACCACCCUCACAAAUACGCGCCAGAGCGCUGGCUUAGAUAUCCCGGCUUCGAAAACGACCAACUCGUAGCCUCCCAGCCAUUCUAUGCCGGGCCUCGUGAUUGUAUUGGGAAAGGCCUUGCCUGGGCCGAAAUGCGUGUGCUCAUCUCCAAGUUCUUUUGGAACUUCGAUGUUGAGCUUUUGCCUGAGAGCUCCGGCUGGGAUCAACAAAAGGUAUACAUCAUCUGGGAGAAAAAGCCACUUUGGGUAAAACUUGCGCCUGUCAAGAAGGGAUAG